AUGGGACCAUCGCUCUUCGGUGGAAGCGGUGCCUCCACUCUGCCCCUACCCCGCAAAAAGUCCAUCACCUCCGAGCACAACCAAAGCCCCCGGCCCCGCGUUUACCUGAGCAGCUGGGCCGUGCGGGUGGCGGCGGCGGGGCCGCGGGAGGCGGCGGGGGUGGCCCGGCGGCACGGCCUGCUCUGCCUGGGCCAGGUCCUCUGGUUUGAGCAGCAAACCCUAAAGAGACGCGCGAAGAGAAGCGUCAGCGUGGUGCCCACAGACCCCUGGUUCCACAAGCAGUGGUACAUGAACAAUGACAUCAAUCCUGACCUGAACAUCCUCAGCGCGUGGAGCAAAGGCUACACCGGGCGGGGGGUGGUGCUGACCGUCCUGGACGACGGGCUGGAGAAGGACCACCCGGACCUGGCUGCCAACUACGACCCCCUGGCAAGUUACGACUUCAACAGCAACGACCCUGACCCCCAGCCCAGGUACACGGCAAGGGAUGAGAACCGGCACGGGACACGCUGUGCGGGAGAAGUGGCAGCUGUAGCCAACAACCAAAUCUGCGGAGCAGGCAUCGCGUACAAUGCCAAAAUCGGAGGUGUGCGGAUGCUGGAUGGUCUCAUCACAGACAUGGUGGAGGCUCAGUCCCUCAGCCUGCAGCCCCAGCACAUCCACAUCUACAGCGCCAGCUGGGGCCCCGAGGACAACGGGAAGACUGUGGAUGGGCCAGGUGUGCUGGCCAGGGAGGCUUUCUACACCGGGGUCACCAAAGGACGGGGUGGCCUUGGCUCCAUCUUCAUCUGGGCCUCGGGCAACGGUGGCAUCAACUAUGACAACUGCAACUGUGAUGGAUAUGCCAACAGCAUCUACACCCUGUCGGUGGGCAGCGUCCUGGCGAGCGGGCAGAGGCCCCUCUACGGCGAGAGCUGCUCCGCCAUCCUCACCACCACCUACAGCAGCAGGACCACCAGCGAGAUGCAGAUUGUGACCACUGACCUGCACCACCGCUGCACCGACAAGCACACAGGCACCUCCGCCUCAGCCCCGCUGGCUGCAGGGAUGAUCGCCCUCGCGCUGGAGGCCAACCCGGCACUGACCUGGCGUGACCUGCAGCAUCUCGUGGUCAGGAGCUCCAAGCCCGCUCACCUGCAGGCAGAGGACUGGGCCGUGAACGGCGUCGGACGCAAAGUGAGCCACCACUACGGCUACGGGCUCCUGGACGCUGGUCUGCUGGUGGAGAUGGCCAGGGCCUGGACAGGAACUCAGCCUCAGCAGAAGUGUUCGGUCAAGGCUCUUCACGCCCCCCGGAACAUCGGCUCCAAGCUCACCAUCUCUACAGACGUCUCCUCCUGCUCAGGGAGGACCAAGAGCAUCCGCUCGCUGGAGCACGUCCAGGUCCAGCUCUCCCUGAGCUACAGCCGCAGGGGGGACCUGCUGAUGGCUCUGACCAGCCCCACGGGGACCACGUCCACGCUGGUGACCGUGCGCCCCUUUGACACCAGCCAGCAGGGCUACAAGGACUGGACCUUCAUGUCCACACACUUCUGGGACGAGAACCCCAACGGGACCUGGACGCUCCACCUGGAGAACAAGGGCGAUGCCUCUAACACAGGUCUGCUGACCAGUGUCACCCUCCACCUCCACGGCACGGAUGAGGACAUGAGGGCCCGGCACCUCGCAGUCCCCGCCGUGGACAAGUGCGUCAGGCGGGACGCGCAGGGAACAUGCCAGGAGUGUGGUGGCUCCCUGUACGCCCACCAGCGCUCCUGCCUGUCCUACUGCCCUCCACGCUUCUACAGCCGGACCCAGGGAGCCACCACCUCCACCAGGAACACAGCCCGUGUCUGUGCCAGCUGCCACCCCUCCUGCUACACAUGCCAGGGCGCUUCGGCCACCAACUGCACGGCCUGUCACCCCCCUGACACCCUCGAUAAGCUCACCAGCUCCUGCUCCCCCCUGCAGGGCUCCCCCCACAAGGAGAGGCUGCAGAGGCACCUUCUCCUCCUCCUCCUCAUCUGUGGGACCCUGGUCAUCUCAGCCACCUUCUGUGCCACCUACUAUGUGGCCUUUUGCAUGGUGAAGGGUAACUCCUGCUGUCCCCAGGCAGGAAAGACAGCGUGA